GCCCGCCCGUGUGGUUCAGGGAGAUAUAUCGGUUGCACGCACUAAAGCCAAACAAUCGGGCUAGCUUGUAGCCAGUAAGCUUACCCUGAUGGCUAGCCAGUAGCUUAGCUUGUCUUUUCGUGGAAUCUGUUGUCAUUAGUGCAAAUCUGCGGACGAUGGCGGAGGCCGGCGGAGGCCUGGAUCCGGCCAGCUUGCCCCCGGGGGACCCGCAGCUCAUUGGCAUGAUCGUGGAGCACCUGAAGAACCGAGGGUUGUUCGACGAGUUCCGACGAGACUGCCUGGCGGACGUUGACACCAAGCCGGCCUACCAGAACCUCCGUCAGAAGGUAGACAAUUUUGUGACGACGCACCUGAGCACUCAGGAGUGGAAGCCGUCCAUCAACAAGAACCAGAUGAGGAACGGACUCAGACAAAGCGUGGUCCAGUCAGGCAUGUUGGAGUCGGGGGUUGACCGGAUCAUCACUCAGGUUGUGGACCCAAAGAUGAACCAUACCUUUAGACCGCAUAUCGAGACGGCCAUCCAUGACUUCAUUUCAGGAGAAAAGAAGGAUGACAGUGCCGUUGGAGCUUCAGAGCAACCAGAACCAUCUGAGGGACCCAAAACACCUAUUCGAGACAGAACUUGCACACAGUCCAGUUGUCACCUUGAGCGCGUGCGCGUCACUGCUGCGCCAUUGGCUGUCGCUCUGGUGACGGCUCACAGUAGGCCCGUGAGCGCGCCAAGAUAUAUAAAAAGCGCGACCGCUACGAGCGCUAGGGGAAAAACACACAAGACUCGGAGUUCGGUGGACCCUCGCCGGAAGCGCUUGCAUGAGUGCAACAUGGACAGACAUGAGCGGCUGCUGCAUUUUUUUCUUCUUGCGGUUCUGCUCCUCCCCGCGUGCCUGUACGUCUGCGCCUCGGAACCCUCCCGUGACGUCACGGAUAAGCACGUUCCGAAACGGCGACUGACUCUGCAGGGCACAGUGGACAUCCAGACCUGCCUGGCGACUUCAGGCGAGGCCGGCUGCGAGACCUUUCGGUGCUUGGACAACACCUCAUGCAAGAUCGACGGCCUGCAUCGCAUCUGCGUCACGCUGCUCCAGCACGCCGGACGAUACGAGGCCCAGGGCAAGUGGCGGGUGAAGGAGUCUCUCCGCUGCCUGUCUUCGGGCCUCCGUCAGCGGCUAAGCUGUGCCGGUCGGCGCUGUGCGGCCGUGAAGGAUUUGCUCUCGGCGCUGCAGAGGGAAUGCUUCGCCAAACAUCAGCUGUGUCUCGCGGUUCGGGACCACGAGGACACCCUGGGGAGCUUGGUCCAUUUCCACCUGCUUUUCCCACCGGGGCCGCACACCGAGCUCAUCAACUUCCUGUUGAGGUGCGGCGACGACGUGGGUCCCUGGGUGGCACGCCGCCUCCGAGCGCAAUGCCGAGACCACUGGGGGGCGCUGUGCGACAGCCUCGCCGUCACCUGCACCCGCAACCACACCAGUACCGAGCCAACCGUAGCCGGACAACUGACGUCUGACAAUGUCACCAGGCAUCAAUAGUCAUGUUGAGAUUUUGAGUGACGUUUCAGAACGAACAGAACCUGUGACGUUGAAUUAAACUCGAAAGUUUCCACCCCGCCUGACAAUAAGCGCCCACCAGCACCCAGGAAGCAGGAAGCGGUUUAAAAAAAAAAUCAAGACACUCUUUCAAAUACACACUGAAUGUUUUUGUUGUACAAUAAACUUUUACCUCCGCCAAUUAA